AUGAUCUACUACGCCUAUCAAGGGAUAGUGGGUGGAGGGCUUCACAGCCAGGACUGGGUUUGGGAAGCCGGGAUGACUGCAAACGAGACCUGUCCAGUGGGAGGAUCCCUGCAGACUGCAAGCUCAGCGAGUUCUUGUCAUCAGGGCCGCAUACCUUUGUACUCCGCUUCGGUGGAGUCAGCCCAGCAAGUCCAACAGGCAGUUCUGUUCGCAAAGCGGCACAAUCUCCGCCUGGUUAUUCGCAAUACCGGGCAUGACCUAGCGGGAAGAUCUAGCGGCCCAGACUCGUUGCAAAUUCACACUCAUCGUCUGCAGGAUACCCAAUUUCACGCCGACUUGCGGCUUAAUGGGUCGACCACUUCGCUAGGGCCAGCAGUGACGGUCGGCGCCGGCGUGAUGAUGGGGAGCCUGUACGCACGAGCUGCCCGUAACGGAUACAUGGUUCUCGGGGGUGAUUGCCCCACUGUUGGAGUAGUUGGCGGCUUUCUUCAGGGCGGAGGGAUAUCAGACUUUCUAAGCCUGAACCAAGGGCUAGGCGUGGAUAACGUGCUGGAAUUUGAGGUUGUGACAGCUGAUGGCGAGCUGGUUGUGGCCAAUGGUCUCCAGAAUCAGGAGCUUUUCUGGGCACUACGAGGCGGUGGAGGUGGCACAUUUGGCGUCGUCACUCGAGCUACGAUGCGUGUCUUUCCGGACGUUCCCGUCGUGAUCUCUGAGAUCAACCUUCAAGCCCCCAAGGCCAAUUCAUCAUCGUGGACCCAGGGCCUCUCAGUGGUUCUCACCGCCCUGCAAUCCCUCAAUCGCGAAAGCGUUGGUGGCCAGUUAGUCAUUGCAGUGCUGCCCGAACAUGCAGUCCAAGCAAGUAUCAAAUACUUUUUCCUGAAUUCGACCGAGACGGCCAUUAUCGAUGAGCGCAUGCAAGCCUUCCGUGCCGACCUAGACCGUAUCGAUAUUCAAUACGCAUAUUCCUCCAAGGCGUUGUCGCAAUUUAGCUCCAACUAUCGACAAGUCCCAGAUAUUCACUCGGAUAAUGACUACGGCGUGGUGGGGUCGACGGUGGCCAUUUCCAAUCAACUCUUUGACUCGGCCCAGGGACCUAUGAAGGUCGCCGAGGGACUUGCAAAUAUACCCAUGACUCCAGGCGACCUUCUGUUUACAAGCAACCUUGGCGGCCGUGUCAUUUCCAAUGGUGAUAAGGCUGAGACGUCAAUGCAUCCUGCCUGGCGUGCUUCAUCGCAGUUGCUAAAUUACAUCCACACAGUUGAGCCGUCUAUUGAGGGUAGAACGGCCGCUCUAGAGAGGCUGACUAAUGUUCAGAUGCCAGUUCUCUACUCCAUUGAUCCUGAGUUCCGGCUUUCCUAUCGGAAUGUAGGAGACCCAAACGAGAAGAAUUUUCAGCAUGUCUAUUGGGGGGCAAACUACCGACGUCUUUCCCAGAUAAAGCGGAAGUGGGAUAGCAAAGGCCUUUUUUUCAGCCAGCUUGGCGUUGGAAGCGAGGAAUGGGAUUCUACGGGCAUGUGUAGGAAGAGCCAGAAUAUGUUACGUCAAGCAGUGGAUAGUCUGGUCGCUUUUGCAACUUCCAUAGUGGAAAGUUGA